GAGUCGAAACCUAUUUCUAUACCUCUUUGUACUUUGGUCUGUUAAUAAAGAUAUAGCAGGUGGUCCUGUAGAAGAUAUUUCUCUCAUAAAAACCCUUUUAGGAGACAUAUUUCGAAGAUACAAGACGGAUAUGGAAAGUCUUCAGAAUCUUGUAGAGAUUACUACUGGUAGUCUUCACACCUGGAGAGAAGAGGUAUCUGCCCGUCUUGUUGAUCUUGAACUGGCUCUUGGGAAAGGGGAGAAUCCCAGUGUUAAAGUAGAAAGACAUGCACUGGAUAAAAAUGACAAUUUUGAAGGAAAUAUCUUUGGCAUUCGGGCUUCAGUUUUAAAGCUCGAAGAUUUAAGUCGAACUUCAUCUGCUAGAACAUGCAAACAGCUCAGUGAUUUAGGAAUUCAUGAGUCAGGUGAAUACUUUAUUGACCCUGACGGACCUGGCCUCAACCAUCCUCCAGUAAAGGUCCAUUGCAAUCUAAAAAGUGGAGCCACAAGGAUUGAUCAUUCCUUACAGGAGCAAGAAGUAAGUCCAUGUAAAGAACGGGGUUGCUUUGUCAGACCUGUUCACUAUAAGAUGCCCAUGAAGCAAAUAGUUUCCCUAAUCUCUCUGUCCAAUCAUUGCGAACAGUAUAUUAGAUAUGACUGCCUCAAUGCAACAUUAAACACUUUGAAUGAUUCUAAUGCUUGGUGGAUGGACCGGCAUGAUAUUUUGCAUUUUUACUGGUCAGGGGACUCAGCAAUUGAGACAUCAGAUGGAUUUCAAGGAACAUGCUACUGCCAUCUACAAGACUCCUGCAUCUCCAGAGAUCACAGAUGCAAUUGUGAUGCUGGAGAGAGUAUCUGGACCUAUGAUGAUGGACAGCUAACUGACAGAGCUCAGCUUCCAGUCACUAAAUUAAACUUUGGAAAUUUCUACGAGGGUGGACAAUCAGCCAAAUUUUACCUAGGGCCCUUGUACUGCUCCGGGGAGCGAACUCUACCCCUUGAAAUGGACUCCUGUGAGUCUCUAUGGUUGGCAGGAUCAACAACUCCAGGCUAUCAAAUUAUUAAGACUAAAUCUGAUACAUUUCCCAAAGUAGUUUAUUGUGAUAUGAACAAGCUUCCUGGAACUCCAGGGUUCCAGAGAACAUACGGUAGUCCAGGAAACCUCAGAGAUUUUGUGGCUUUUGAUGCGGUUAUUUCUGAAGACAUUACAGAUAACUACAGAUACAUAGGAUUCUCUGAUACUAUUUUAAAUAUUGGAGGAGGCCUUAAUGUCAAAGAUGGAAUAUUUGAGGUUCCUGUCAGCGGUACAUAUAUGUUUACGGUGCAUGGAUUGCCUAUAAGAAACAGACCUUUUAUCAUUCAGAUACAAAGGAACAACCGUCCUAUUGGGUCCCUUUCAAACAACAAAUCUGGUGAAUCAAUGGUCGGGCAGUCUGUCUUAGUUGAACUAGCAGCUGGAGAUGAAGUACGACUCUUUAAUGCUGGUGGAGAAGUAACAGGAAAUGUUUAUGAUAACAAUGUAUAUUUUCAUUUUACAGGUGUACUUUUAAACUCAUUUUCUAAGCAAUAGAAUUAGAAUUUAAAAAGACAUGAAUAAAGAAAUAUUUAAAAAUAAAUUUCCUACCACGUUUUUUGGAGGAAAAGGCCCAGCCAGAGCCCCGAAAAAUGUAUGAUUUGAAAUACUUGCUUUUUUCUGAUCUUCUCCAAACAGAUUCAAUGUAGGUUUUUGCAACCCAAUAAAUGGAUUAAAAUUUCAGACGUUGCAAAAUUUGACCAAAUUGUUUUUUAGAUUUUUAACAGUUUAACCAAACUUCAACUUUUGUACAUUUUCUAAAUUUACGCAACAUUUAUGAUCGAUGUAGAACAAAAAUAAAGGAAAUUAUGAUUAUAUCUAGGGUUUCAUUAAAGUCUCAAAAUAGAAAAAAUUCAAAAUCUUUAUAAAACAAAUCUAGCUAGGGAAGCUGAAUGCAUUUUAUUGCAACAAUUCAUGUGUACAUGUGAAAAAGAGCGAAACUAGAAAAUUUU